UCACUAUUAGCAAGACCGCGUUUUCACGCCGGUGAAGUUAAGGUGAUUGCAACGUGCCCGCUCAGCCAUGGCUUCAGACGAACCCAAAGCAAAGAAACAAAAACUCUCAGAGGAGAAGAAGACAGAGUCUCCGACCAAAGAGACUCCUGCCAAACUGAGCCCUAAUUCACUCUUUGGCAUGGGAAACCCUUUACUGGACAUCAGUGCUGUAGUGGACAAAGACUUCUUGGACAAGUACACUCUGAAACCCAAUGACCAGAUCCUGGCAGAGGACAAACACAAAGGACUAUUUGAGGAGUUUGUGAAGAAGUUCAAAGUUGAAUACCACGCUGGAGGAGCCACACAGAACUCAAUUAAGGUCGCUCAGUGGAUGAUCCAAGAACCUCAUAAUGUGGGCACAUUCUUUGGCUGCAUUGGCAAAGACAAGUUUGGAGACAUCCUGAAGCAGAAGGCUAAGGAGGCCCACAUCGAUGCCCACUACUACGAGCAAGAUAAAGAGCCCACAGGCUCGUGUGCGGCCUGCCUCACUGGAGAUAACAGGUCUCUGGUUGCUGAACUAGCUGCUGCUAACUGUUAUAAGAAGGACAAGCAUCUAGACCUGGAAGAGAACUGGAAGCUGGUGGAAAAAGCUAAAGUCUACUAUAUUGCUGGUUUCUUCCUGACCGUCUCUGUGGAGUCCAUCCUCAAAGUGGCGAAGCACGCGUCUGAAAAUAACAAGCUGUUUUGCCUGAACCUCUCCGCGCCCUUCAUCUGCCAGUUCUUCAAGGAUAACCUCAUGCAGGUUCUUCCCUACGUUGACGUGCUGUUCGGCAAUGAGACAGAGGCAGCUGCAUUCGCUAAAGAGCAAGAAUUUGAGACCACAGACUUGAAAGAAAUUGCCAAGAAAGCCCAGGCUUUGCCAAAAGUCAACACAAAGAGGAAGAGGGUUGUAGUGUUGACCCAGGGGAAGGAUGAAACCACCAUGGCCCAAAGUGACAAGAUCGAGACAUUCCCUGUACUGAAGAUUGACCCCAAGGACAUUGUUGACACAAACGGUGCAGGCGAUGCCUUUGUAGGAGGUUUCCUGUCUCAGCUGGUCCAGGAGAAAACGCUGGAUCAAUGCGUGAAGGCGGCACACUACGCUGCCAACGUCAUCAUCCGACAAGGGGGCUGCACCUUCCCGGAAAAACCCGACUUCAAAUAAGGAAAACCAGACAACUCCUGCACCUCGUACUCACCAUGUCAUACACAACUCUGACCCUUAAUUUCCACUAUUUUCUACAAAUACUGCACUCAAUUAUUGUAGCCACAUGUAUUUCCAAUCAGCCAACCGUCCCUUCUUUUUUUUUUUUUUUUUUUUUUUAUUAAUCCACACAAAAUUACCUUGUAAGUGUUGCGUUGUUGCCUCCUGGCAUGUGUCUGUCUCUGUUCGCCACUUGAGGCCGCUAGAGGAUCGUGCAGCCAAGAGCCGGCAGAGAUUUGUUUUUAUAUAGAUGACCAUGAAGGAUUCAUGAUAACAUCACAGAUUGUGGUAUUUUGCUUUACAAAAAGGAUCCAAACGGAAAAUCUUGUUUUUACGGACAGUUAUUUUCUGUUUUAAAUGUUUUUUUGGCUCUGACACUGCCAACGUCUGGCUGCACUGACGUCCAUCUGACUGCAAGCUUACGAGUCUGUUGUUUCCGCAAUGGGGGGACACGUUUUACACAAAUGGAGGACUAACAAAUGUCAAUGAAGGUUUGGGUUACUGCAUUGAAAUGCGCAGUAGUGAUUUUAUUUGAGCGUUUUUUUUAAAGAGUACUUGUUUUUUGAUUAUGAGUUUUAGAUUUAAUUUAACAGGCCAGUAAUGAAACCAAACGAUUUUCUUUUAAGUGCACAUUUUUUUAAAAUGUGUUAAAGCCUCUGUCCAAUAAGUCUGUUAAAUGUCAGCUUUAAUGUGUCAAUAAUAUUCAGAAGUUACCUUCAACAUCACCAUGGUGGAAGUUUGUUUUUCAGACAGGUGCUUCCAAUAACGAGUGCCUUUUUCCCUCCUUCCUAUGUAAAUGAUCAAAGGUUUGCAGAGACCUACAGAUGUUGUGUUAACCUGCAUUUGUCUGAACUGGGGAAACUUGGGAGACACAACAUCUUUUAAAAUGCAUGAAAGGUAGAAAGAUCUAUGUUCUCUGUCAGACAUAGGUCAGUUAGCAGCCUGUGUUCUUUUUCUUGUAAUAAGUAUGUAACCCGACUUAAGGACCGUCCAUUUUGCUAAUCAGGUGUAAAUGGUAGGGAAUUUACACUUUUUAGAUUUUUAAUAUUUUUUUCAGGCUGUAACCUUCAAAUGGGAGAUACACAUAUGGGAUAAGCAAAUUAAGCUAAAUUCAGGCUCAGGCCACACUUGUGGUAUGGGUCCAAACAUUUCAAACCACAUUAACCUCAGUUGCCGUUAUGUUGUCGUCUGCGCACCACUGAAUACUUGAAUGCAGCUGUACUGAAUAUAGAUGUACGCUCAGAAUUUAAUGAUGAUAAACAAGAAGUACAUUUGCUGUUUUGAAACUUGCACAUCUGUUAAACGUGUUCAACACAUAUGUUCAGUUGAGCUGCAACGAUUGGUCGGACAGAAAAAAAACUUGAUUAUUAAUCGAUUCAUUAAAAAAUUUCAUGCAAAAAUGUUAGAAAAUGCGGUUUUCAGGCUCAAAUAUGCUGAUUUCCUGCUUUUCUCUAUUUUAUUUUAUAUUAAGAAGAAUAGCUUUGGGUUUUGGACUCACAAAACUGGACUUUUAAAGACAUCACCAUGGACUUUGACCAACUGGGAGGACCUUUUUCACUAUUUUCUUACAGUUAAUAGACCAAUUCAUCAAGAAAAUCAUAAGUUUCAGCCUUAGUGUUAAAAUACACCUAAUAGCCUUAUGUGACUAUUCCUGGUCUAAAUUACAAUCAAGUUUCCCAUCUUUGUGCUCGACUGUGAUGCCUCAAAUUCACAAAUAAAACAUACAAUGAU